AUGGCACCCCCAGGCGAACCGACAGCAGCAGGGAAUGCAGCAGCUGCAGCAGCUCUUCCUACCAUCCUUCCACUCGAGUUGAUCGACAAGUGCAUCGGUUCAAGCAUCUGGGUUAUUAUGAAGACCGACAGAGAGUUCAGUGGUACUUUGUUGGGUUUUGACGACUAUGUCAAUAUGGUCCUUGAAGAUGUCACAGAGUACGAAACAUGUCUAGACGGCAAAAAGAAGAAGACCGAACUCGGUCAGACGCUGCUUAACGGUAACAACAUCUGCAUGCUCAUCCCCGGAUCGGAAGGCCCAGAGGACGCCUAG